AUGAGCAUUUGGAUUAUUAUGAACAUUGUUUUAAAUCUUCUGACAUUGAUUAAUUCAAUUGUAACAAUUCUUAUUUUCAUAUUUGCUCUCUCCUUAAUUAUAGUUUACCAUCGGCGAUCUCGUUCAGUACUAGUUCUACUCACUGGUCAUACAUGUUCAACUUUACUUAUUUCUGCAUCUAUGUUAGCAAGUAUGGCUACGGCGAGUUUAUGCCGCUGCAUGAACAUUGUUCUUGAACAACAUGGAAAUACAUGCUGGUGUGUUUUGCGAGGCUUUUGUAUUCAUGGAUUUCUUUGCGCUCUUUAUGAUUCCUACAUUGUACAAGCUACAUAUCGUCUAUGUCGAGUUGUGUUUUAUCGUCGUAAAAAUUUGUAUAGUUUUCCUGUUUAUUCUCUUAAGGUGCCUAUAGAAACACUGUUUCGUGUUGUGAAUAUUUCUCCUGUUUUUCUUUUGCGCGGUGAUGUUAUUUAUCUAUCGUCAGAAUAUUAUUGUCAAACAUCAUUCACAAAUGCUUCAGCAAUAGUUUGCAUAGCUAUUCGACGUUUCCUACUGCCACUUUUAUUUAUUUCGGUGAUCUAUGUGUUUUUAUUAAAAUAUUUGCAAAAAUCAAAUUCAUCUUCAUCGUCAACCGCCAGCUAUAAUGAAUGUCGACAUUUGAAACAAAAUAGAAGAGAUUUACUCGUGAUAAGACGACUUCUUAUUAUGUUAGAUGUUCUUAUUCUUCUUGGUUUACCAUCAGCUAUUUUUCUAGUGAUGUUUAUGGCUAGUGGCCAUUUUGUAAUUGUAACAUAUCGAACUGGACGGCUAUUUGUGUCGUUUUCAUUUGUACUACUUGCUUAUAUGCUUAUUCGUUUGACUGAUCCAUUGAAGAAAAGUUUACGACGACAUUUGAAACGGAAUUCAACUGAAACAACUCGUCGUAAAUCACCAUCCACAUCACGAAUCUCAUUACGUUGUUUAUAA